AUGGACACUGAGACCCAGCACCCGCAAGAUCAUGACCUUGGAAACCCCCAUUGGGUUGAGAUGGGAGCAUUCAAUUCCCCCCACCAUCCUCUGGGUGAUUUUCAGGGAUUUACGUUUGGCUCCUCGCCCAUCAUGCCUCUCGAGCCCGCUUAUAGCAUGUCGGUUCCGCAAUCAUAUCCGCCUCACCAGCAUUUAGCUCCUUUGACGAUACCCGCGCAAUGGCCGGGUAUGUUGUCAACACAGCCGAGUUAUGCACCCGUGCCUCUGGCACCAAUGCCUAUGCAAACCGUUACGCAUUUGCAGAACGUGCAUACCACACACGUUACGAGCUCGCCGGCUCCACGACGAACUUUGACGGACGCUGACCGCCGAAGAAUGUGCAUGUACCACGAGGAGAACCCACAUGUCAAACAGACAGAGAUUGGAGCCAUGUUCGGUGUCGAGAGAAGGUGCCAAAUAUACCCGAUCCAGAGUUUUACCGUCUCAAAAGUUUUGCGCCAGAAAGAAAAGUAUCUCUACCCUGAAGAUGGUCGUCGAUCGCCUGUGAAGAAAACAAAAGGCAAAUUCCCCGAUAUCGAAAGGGCGUUGUCCAACUGGGCCCGAAAUCAUUUACGCCAAGGAGGAGAACUCUCUGAUUCAAUGAUCAGGGAAAAGGCCUUAUUUUUCGCUAAUAGUGUGGGUAGUCCUGAAGGGCACCAAAAGCUCUUGAGCUCUAGCUGGCUAGAAAAGUUUAAGCGGAAGAAUUACUUGUCCAACUCACAGUCACGGAAGGGUUCAGUGGAUGCAACAAUAGCCUCAGAAAGUACUGGCACUGCUAACUCCGGAAUACACACUCCAAAUGACAACUCAUCUGUGUCUCCCUCAGGCGCUUUGAGUCCCUCUCCCAUCUCUCCAAAGCAAAGACUGCACGACCUGGGGAAAGAAAGUAUCGACUGCAUAACGACUCGAACGAAUGAGGAAUUUUCACAAACAUUCUCUCCUCUCGCUUCGCCUCUAGAGUCAAAUAUCCCAGGGACUAUAUUCACAUCAGAGCAUCCCUUUGUCCCGCCUGUUCAAGCUAUACCUGAACACAUUCCUAAGAGACAACGCAGCCAAACACUACCAAUAUUGGCCACCGAGCAUAAUUUCAUUGCUCAUGAAGCAACAGAGCCUGGGCUGCCGCAAGGCUUGGAACCAUCGGCUAUCGAGGACCACGCCAAUGCCUUGGACGAAAACCCCCGUACUAGACGAAACCGAAGCCAGCCUCAAAUCAAAACUGACCCGGUACACCUGUUGUCAAAAUCAAACACCAUUUCUCCAAUUAGCUCCCCCGGUUCCCCAACUCAGGACGAAGCCCGUCGCGCGCUAGAGCUAGUUAUGAGCUAUUUCCAGAACCAGCCUUCCGGCCUUGGCGCACAGGAGUCUGUGACAAUUGGCAAGCUCAUGGAGAAGCUGGACCUAGUUCAGAGUCAAGGCUCGAAGCUGGCACGGAUCGAUGAGCAUGUCGAUUUUCCGAGGGUGACGAAAAAGAGGAGUAUUCAUACGUUAUAA